ACUGCAAGCGCUGCCACCUGAGGAGCCUGGUAGCCAAGGCAGCGGCAGGCUCAACCCAGAUCUCGCGAGACGGAGCAGGCCUCGCGAGAUUUGACCACGUCCCUGAGAGGCUGGUGUGUGUUAGUUCAGGGGAUUAUGGGAGGGCUCUGGCAUCCGGGAUGGAGGGGCGUCGCUUGCUGUGGCUGGCGUUGGAUCCACCCUGGGUCUCCAGCCAGGGCUGCAGAGAGCGUAGAGCCGUUUCUUAGGCCAGCGUGGAGUGGGACAGGAGGUGCCGAGAGAGGACUGAGGUGGCUUGGGACAUGGAAGCACUGCAGCCUUCCAGCCCGGCAUCCAGCACUGCAGCCGCCGCGGCGGCCCAAGAGCUCCGACCCUUUCACGCGCGCGCAUGUGGAGGAAUGGCGGCGGCGGAACAAAACGACCCUCACUUACGUGGCCGCUGUCGCCGUGGCCAUGCUGGGGGCGUCCUACGCUGCCGUACCCCUUUAUCGGCUCUAUUGUCAGACUACUGGACUUGGAGGAUCAGCAGUUGCAGGUCAUGCCUCAGACCAGAUUGAAAACAUGGUGCCUGUUAAGGAUCGAAUCCUUAAAAUUAGCUUUAAUGCAGAUGUGCAUGCAAGUCUCCAGUGGAACUUUAGACCUCAGCAAACAGAAAUAUAUGUGGUGCCAGGAGAGACUGCACUGGCGUUUUACAGAGCUAAGAAUCCUACUGACAAACCAGUAAUUGGAAUUUCUACAUACAAUGUUGUUCCAUUUGAAGCUGGACAGUAUUUCAAUAAAAUACAGUGCUUCUGUUUUGAAGAACAAAGGCUUAAUCCCCAAGAGGAAGUAGACAUGCCAGUGUUUUUCUACAUUGAUCCUGAAUUUGCUGAAGAUCCAAGAAUGAUUAAUGUUGAUCUUAUCACUCUUUCUUACACUUUUUUUGAAGCAAAGGAAGGGCACACGUUGCCAGUUCCAGGAUAUAAUUGAAGUCAGCAACUAAGUCUUCCUUCAAAGUUGAUUUUUGGGAAAAUCAUGUAUCCUGUCUUCUCAAAGGAGAAAUACUGUACAAUAAUAUGAAGUCUUAUAUUUUAAAUAAUUUUUCUCAACUAAUUUAUUUCACUUAAAAUUGAGAGAACAAGUUCAGCUUUUGUCAUAAGAAACCCACAUACCUAGCUAGAAUAUAUGAUUGACUAUUCAAUACCAUACUGAAGAGUUUGAUAGUAUUAAAAUAAGCCAUUUUGUUUUUUAAAUAUGCAGGCAUGGGUUCAUCUUAAUUCUAUAAUUCCCUUCCAGAUUAUUAACUCUUCAUACUUACAGCAAUGAAUCUGACAAUGUUUUUCAAAAGUGUAUGAUCCGGGUUAUUUGUUUCAAGUCAUAGGCCAGAACUUCUGACCAUGUUUAUUAUAUCUAAAAGAGUUGGUUGCUGUUUUCCUUAUGAACAGUCAGUAUUUUAAAAGCUCAAAGUAGAAGAGGAGUCACUAAGUCCAACAGCUUGUCCAAAGAUUUAAAUUCUUAUUUCAAAUUUGAUUUGUGCUUUAAGAUUUAGGGCUAUUUUAUAUUCAGAGUUCUGAAUAGAUGAUUACUUUGAAAUUGUAGUAUCAUGAAAUUGAAAUAAAAUACAUCUAGGCUACUAGCCAAAGUGUCAUCAUUACAAGCCCAUGAAUGUUAAAAUGUACAGGUGGGAUUGUGAAGAUUUACUGACAUCAAAAGUUCUUCUGGAAAAAAACCUUUGUAAAAAAAAAAAACAUAUUAAAUUAUUUUAAUAGUGAUUUAUUUGUCAUCAAAUGUACAACUUAUUCUAAAUAUUUUCAUUUUCUGUGUUCCAAAUAGAAAUGUUAAGUUGCAGUAAAAAGAGAAAAAAAGACUAUUUAGCAUUACAAAGAAUCAUAUUUCAAGGCCGCCCAAUGUAGAGUCCAGUGACCUGUUCAGGACACCUGAAAUACAAUUAAAUGACAAUCAUCAAGGUUUUAACAAUUUACAGUUCUAAACCAGAGUAUUAUAAAGAAGUGCAAAUUGACUUUUACAUUCAACUUUAGUUAAAUGAAGGCACUCAGUAUUCUUCCUGAAUAAUACAUUCAAUUUCUCACAUUUUAUGCUUUCAUCUAUUCAGAAUUAUUUUGUAGUAAAAUAAUCUACUCUUACCACACCUGUGUGACGAUUUCUAAAUGUAGGAGGGCCUGUGAAAUAUAUGACACUGCAGUUAAAUUGGUUGGCCUAAGGACUAAGUAAUUUUUCUGCUGCUGAAGUUUUAAGUGAGUAUUUGUUCCCAAGAAGUUCUGUUGAAAUCUCACGCUGUUGUCAGGAAUCAGUGUUAUCCUGGAACUGUUAUUCUUCUAUUUAAUCUUCAUCAUAGCAGAAAUGUUCCAGCGUGGCUUUGACAUGGUGGCAGGUAUUGUCUUCCAGGCUUCAAAGCUGCACAGUCUACCCUUUAGAGAGUUGGCACCUUUGAUGUGGCUAGUGAGCUGAUCAUCCACUUUCUUCUAAAAUAAAGAGAAGAAAAUAGCCAGUA